GAAGUGUUCCCAGAAGCUGUGGUGAAACCGAACAAGAAAAGAAGAGGCUCAAGAAAAAUAUAAACAAACAGUGACGUGGUUUGCGAUUCAUUCCGGAGAAGAGAAAAUUGGAAUGUGUGAACUGUGAAACUUAUCAACCCCAUCUCCUUCUCCUCACGCGCAACGCAAACCCAUUCUUCUCUUGUAAGCAACCCAAUCACACACACACACGCUUGCAUCAAUCGGCAUGGUUCAACCGGCGGUGACUCAGUUCCUGAACUCCGUCCUCUCCCAGCGCGGCCCCUCCGCCGUCCCGUAUUCGGAGGACACAAAGUGGCUCAUCCGGCAGCAACUGGUGUCCCUCACCACCGCCUUCCCCUCCCUCGAACCCAAAACGGCGUCGUUCACGCACAACGACGGUCGCUCGGUGAACCUCCUCCAAGCCGAAGGCACCAUCCCCAUGACCUUCCAAGGCGUCACGUACAACAUCCCCGUCAUAAUCUGGCUCAUGGAAUCUUACCCUCGCCACCCUCCCUGCGUCUACGUCAACCCCACGCGCGACAUGAUCAUCAAGCGCCCCCACCCUCACGUUAACCCUUCAGGCCUAGUCUCCGUCCCUUACCUUCACGAUUGGGUCUACCCUGGCUCCAACCUCGUCGAUCUCGUCCUCGAUCUCAGCCUCCGCUUCGGUCGCGACCCUCCCCUAUAUUCCCAACGCAGACCUAACCCUAACCCCAACCCUAACCCUAGCCCUAACCCCAAUCCUCCUCCCAAUUUUGGAAACUCCCCUUCUAGUUUUGGAAGUGCACACGGCCACUCCCAACCUCCUAGGACUUACCCUCCCAGGUCUUACCCUCCUUCCCCUUACCCUGCUCCUAGGGUUCAGUCCACGGAGGAUCCUUCCGAGGUGUUUAAGCGAAACGCGAUUAACAAGCUUGUGGAGAUGGUGCACGGCGAUGUUGCUUCCCUAAGGAAGACGCGGGAGGCUGAGAUGGAGGGGCUGUUCACCUUGCAGGGCGUGCUGAAGCAGCGGGAGGAGAGCCUCAACGGCGGUUUGAAGGAGAUGCAGGCGGAGAUGGAGGCGCUGGAGCAGCAGCUGCAGAUGGUGUUGAUGAACACCGAUGUUUUGGAAGGGUGGUUGAGGGACAACCAGGGGAAGAAGAUGGCGGGCUUGGAGAAUCCCGAGGAUGCGUUUGACUGUGUCGAUGUGCUAUCCAAGCAGAUGCUGGAUUGCACUGCGGCGGAUUUGGCCAUUGAGGACACGCUUUACGCCUUGGAUAAGGCGCUUCAGGUGGGGGCUGUGCCGUUUGAUCAGUACUUGAGGAGUGUGAGGGCGCUGUCCCGGGAGCAAUUCUUUCACCGCGCCACCGCCGCCAAGGUUAGGGCAGCACAGUUGCAAGCUCAGGUUGCCAAUAUGGCUGCUCGGACUCAACAUUAUGGUAGCUGAGGCUUGGCUUGGUUUGUGGGAGAUUCAGAUGUUGAAAUCCGCCAUUGUGGGUACAUAUUGCUAUUUUGUUGCUUCUAGUUAAUUGCAUGAAUUGGUCACCCUUAUAAAUACAGCCUGCAGCAUCUUUGAAAUUGUUAACCAGAGGCUGUGUCAUUGUUCUUAUACAGACUUAAUAUGAUUUUCUUGAAAAUUUUGGUUUGAGGGGGCUGUUAGCUCGAGUUUUUGUUUUCUUUUCAAUUUUAUUGUUUAGGAGUAUACAUGCAUAUGGAUCAUAGAUUUGUUCCACCUUGUAAUUUUAAAACAAUGGGUAUAUUACCAUUACCAUAUAUAUAAUUAUAUUUUUUUGGUGCUUC